AUGCUCUGUACUUUGCCUGAAGAAAUUGCUCUUACUGGGUGUUUGAAUCUUCCAGAACAACCAUCCACACAUUCUGCUGAGGCUAAUAAUGGUGGCCAAAUAUGCUAUAGUGACUUCAACUCUAUGCAGACUAUUCAAAAAGGUGGAAUUCAGCAGUGUAGUAGUCAUGGUGGUCCUGUGAAUUUUGAGCUGCCGCCAUUACCUGGUGAAGUGGAAGCGCCACCGACAUCUCUUUCAAAUCGCGCCGUCAUCGUCGAGAGAGAAAACCAGAGCCACCAGAUGGCGGUUUCAUUUUCACCGGACCACCUCGUGCAAGCCAACGCGUCAACCUCCAAAAACAUGCAGGAAUCAAACCAAGAAGCCAGAGACACAAAAAACCCAUCACGAAGCCACUAUCCCCAUUCUCGCAAGUCAUCAACCUCCAGACCUAAGCGAGAUUUGCGCAGCAACUCGCACCAUCUAAGCAACCCUAAUUUCAGUGGAAAAGUGCUGUGCUUUGGGUAUAGGUUUGCGAACGAGUUCGGACUUCGCGAGUUGACCCAGUUCAGGCGCCGGUUCAGCGGAGAGGAAUCGGAUCUUCGGGUUCUGGAUUCAGAUCUCGAGGCUUUGCUGGCGGCGCCGAAGAAGGAAGCGGAAAUGAGACGUCUCUAUAUAAAGGGGCAACGCCUGAUGCAAAAGGGAGCUGCAACACAUUACGGAAAGAACGUUAGUCUCACUGAGAGAGAAUAUCUUCCGCCAACCCAAACACUGCGUUUUGUUGCUGGAAAGCCUCAUAGGAUGGCUAAUGUAGAGAAGAGUUUCCAGAGUUUCAGAACGUUGAUAGUUGUAGCUUCUAUAACUUUUCCCAUUUUGAUAAUAUUUUAUCUCACACACCAAAAUUCAAUCUUUGAUAUCUUUCAAGGAAUCCAGAAUAAUACUACUAAUAUUUGCGACUCAGUUGCAAGUGCAAAGAAUAAUACAUUUGAAGAUGAGAAGAAUGAUGAGAAGUUGUUUGGUGGACUUUUAGUUUCCUCGUUUAAUGAAUCAUCAUGUGUUAGUAGGUUUCGAUCUUAUUUGUAUCGGAAAGCUUCUCCUUUCAAACCAUCUGAAUAUUUGAUAUACAAGUUACGAAACUAUGAAAAUCUUCAUCGAAAUUGUGGACCGUAUACUAAGUCCUACAAUGAAACCAUGAAAGAUGGUGCAAACUUUAGCAAAAGUGGUGUUGAUUCGAAGUGCAAAUAUCUUGUCUGGACAGCUAUAGAAGGCUUGGGGAACAGGAUGAUAUCCUUGGUUUCGACAUUUCUUUAUGCAAUCUUCACAGAUCGUGUUCUUCUUGUUAGAUUUGACAAUGACAUGAUGGAUCUCUUUUGCGAGCCAUUUCCGGAUUCAUCAUGGUUGUUGCCCAAGAAUUCUACUUAUUGGAAUGAUUUGAGACAAUUUAAAACAUGGGAAAGCAUGUUUGUGAAUAACAAGGGAAACGAUCCACUGACAGCUCUUUUUCUUGAUUUGAUGAACAACAAUGUUCGUGUUACUAAUCGUUUUCAUUGUGAUCAAAAUCAGGUUCUUCUACAAAAUAUUCCCAUUUUGAUUUUACGAUCAAAUGAGUACUUUGCCCCUUCUCUUUAUUUGACAUACUCGUUUAGGCAAGACUUCAACAAAAUGUUUCCUGACAAAGACACUACUUUUCACCUUCUAGGACGCUACCUUUUCCACCCAUCAAAUGUAGUGUGGGAACAUAUUCAGAAUGUAUAUGAGGCACACCUAGCCAAGGAAAAUGAAAGAAUUGGCUUGCAGAUUAGGAUAUAUAAUACCCGUCAAACCCCAGAAGAAACCAUUAUCAAUGAAACUAUAUCUUGCCUCCAGCAAAAUAUGUUGUUGCCAAAAUUCAACAUGCAAAACUCAUCGAGUCCUCCUUUGGAAAAGAAUACCUCAAAAGUUGUUCUAGUGGUAUCUUUAUAUUCAAAAUAUGGUGAGAGACUAAAGAGUAUAUAUGAAAGUAAUACAAGUUUAAGCCGAGAAGUAAUAAAAGUGUAUCAACCAAGUCAUGAAGAGCAUCAAAAUUCAGGUGAUAACAUGCACAACAUAAAGGCAUGGAGUGAAAUAUACUUGUUGGGUUUGUGUGAUGCAUUGGUUACAAGCCCUACAUCCACUUUUGGGUAUGUUGCUCAUAGUCUUGGAGGAAUGAAACCAUUGGUUUUGCAAAGUAUAUCUGGGAAAAGUAUCCCAAAAGUACCUUGUCAACGACUCAAGUAUAUGGAACCUUGUUUCCAUGAUCCUCCUAAUUAUGACUGUAUGGCCAAUGCCACAGUCGAUUUUACUUCUAUUUUUCAUAAUAUUAGACGUUGUGAAGAUCAAUCAAGGGGAAUGAAAAUAAUUAAUACUUAAAACUAGUAAAUUAGAUAGUCUUAUUUAUUUUACGAAGAAUCCUUCUACUUAUUAAUUAUAUGACAAUUUUGUCACUAUAA